UGGUGUUUAAUGGCAGCCUGCUCAGCUGCCACGCUUUCUCCGUGAAAAGUACAUCUUUUUCCCUUAUAUUGUGAUUAUUUUAUCAAUAUUAGUUUAUUUUCGUAGAGAAUAUCACAUAAUACGAUUCAAACAUGUCCGGACGACACAACAACAAACUGCCAAACAAUUUGCCACAACUGCAGAACUUGAUAAAGAGGGAUCCACAGUCGUACGUGGAAGAGUUUAUGCAGCAGUACCGACAUUACCAGUCCAAUGUUCACAUCUUCAGACUGCAGCCCGACAAGCCCAACAAGGAGCUGGCAGAACUUGUCAUGUUUAUUUCUCAGGUUGCUCACUGUUACCUGCAACAUCUGCCCACCUUCCCUCAAGAACUGACUGAGUUGUUACUCAGUCACCACACAGUCCUUGAUUCAGACUUAAGAAUGACCUUCUGCAAAUCGCUGAUCCUUCUGAGGAAUAAAAACCUGAUUGACCCGACCGGUCUCCUUGAACUGUUCUUUGAGAUGCUGCGAUGCCACGACAAACUGCUUAGGAAGACACUGUACACACACAUAGUGGCUGAUAUCAAAAACAUAAAUUCCAAGCACAAAAACAACAAGGUCAACACAACGCUACAGAACUUCAUGUACACCAUGCUAAGAGACAGCAAUCCCAUUGCAGCAAAGAUCUCUUUAGAUGUAAUGGCGGAGCUUUACAAAAGAAACAUAUGGAAUGAUGCAAAGACGGUUAAUGUCAUUACAACAGCCUGCUUCUCCAAAGUGACCAAGAUCCUUGUUGCAGGUCUUAAAUUCUUCUUGGGCAAAGAUGAAGAUGAAAAGAAUGAGAGCGAUUCAGAUUCAGAGGCAGAGGGACCAUCAGCCCGAGACCUGAAGGUGAGAUACUCCACGGGCAAGAAAUCCUCCAAAAACAAGAAGAAGUUGGAAAAAGCAAUGAAAGUCCUCAAGAAACACAAGAAAAAGAGGAAAGCAGAGGUGUUCAAUUUUUCUGCCAUUCACCUAAUUCAUGACCCACAAGACUUCUCAGAGAAACUCUUGAAACAGUUGGAAGACUCUAAAGAGCGCUUUGAGGUGAAGAUCAUGAUGAUGGAGCUCAUAUCCAGACUCGUUGGUAUCCAUGAGCUUUUUCUCUUCAAUUAUUAUCCCUUUGUCCAGAGAUUUCUUCAGCCCCAUCAAAGAGAAGUGACAAAGAUUCUCCUGUGUGCUGCACAGUCAUCACACCAGCUCGUCCCACCAGAGAUCCUUGAACCCGUCAUCAUGACAAUUGCAAAUAACUUUGUGACCGACAGAAACUCUGGGGAGGUCAUGACUGUGGGGAUUAAUGCCAUCAAAGAGGUGGCAGCCCGUUGUCCACUCGCUAUCAACGAAGACCUGCUGCAGGACCUGGCUCAGUACAAGAUCCACAAGGACAAGAAUGUGAUGAUGUCUGCGCGAGGACUGAUCCAGCUGUUCAGAAACCUAGACCCACAUAUGCUGCACAAGAGGGACCGAGGGAGACCCACAGAGGCAUCAACAGAAGCUAAGAUCAAAGAAUAUGGAGAAGUUGAAGCUAAAGAUCACAUCCCUGGAGCUGAAGUCCUGGAAGAGGAGGAGGAGAAGAAAGAAGGAGAGGAGGAUGAAGAGGGCUGGGAGAGUGCCAGCAUAAGUGACGAUGGUGAGGACGGGGAAUGGGUGGACGUUCAUCACUCAUCUGAUGAAGACACAGGAGAAGUGGCUGAGAAGCUCCAGAGUAUACCAGUGGAGGAGAGACAAGCCAAGGCAGUGGCAGUGAGCACCAGCAGGCUUCUGACUCAGGAUGACUUCAAGAAGAUCCGUCUGGCCCAGAUGGCAAAGGAGGUCAAUGCUGCACCGGGCAAAAAUCAGAAGAGGAAAAUUGUGGACAGUGACAAUGAGGAAGACGGCAGUGGGGAGCUGCUGACACUGAGAAAUAUCGAGAAACUACACAAAAAACCUAAAGCAGAUAAGGAAACGCGUCUGGCAACAGCAAUGGCGGGCCGAACUGACCGGAAGGAGUUUGCGAAGAAGCACACCAAGCUGAACCCACACGCCAGCACCAGCAACAAGGAGAAGAGGAGGACAAAGAACUUCAUGAUGAUGAGACACAGUCGGAAUGUGAGGACCAAGGGCAAACGCUCCUUCAGAGAGAAACAGCUUGCUCUACGAGACACGCUCCUUAAAAAGAGGAAGCAGUACAAGUAGGACACAUGGACAUGACAUGACACAAUCACUGACCUGAAUGUUAAACUCAAAUGAUAUUAUACAUGAACUUUGUUAGCUUAUUAAUGUAUUAUAUUCAGUGGCUAAAAUAAAUCAUCUCUGAUAGUUCUGUAAAUGUGAUCAUGUGUCUUUUCAUUUUGAUGUGUGUUGCAGCUCUUAAGCUACGACUUCUGCUUCUUCCUUUUAAUAAAUGUCCUAAAAUUGGUCACACAUAA